AUGGGUAAUAGAUCAACUCUAUUAUUUUCCAUAAUAUUAUUUUUAAUUGGAAUAAUUAAUGGACAAUCGUGUCCAGAGAUUGGCCAAAAUACCGAAUCGUCUUGUUCUGGUAUUGAUUUAAUCAUUACUAAUAGUUUGGAAUAUAAGAAUAACAUUACUGUAUCGCCAUCUGCUGGAACCAAUAUAUUCAUAAACUCUGGUAAAUUGUAUAUUCAUUUCAACAAGAAUGGUCAAUACACUGUUACUGCCUCUACAGGUGCCACUUGUACCAAGGUGCUUCCUUUUGAAGUGAAAUUCCCAUCGCUAUCGUAUACUCAACCAACAUGUCCAUUCCAGUCAACUGAAGUAUCGGUCAUCAACUAUAAGCAAGGUGCAAAGGUCACUAUAAACAAUGAAACUAUUGAACCUACUCAAAAGACCACAUUGCUACCAGGAUACCAUCUGUAUACCAUCACUCAAGACGGAAACACAUGUAAUUACCCUCUCAACCUUGUCCCAACCAAACCAAACUAUCUUCCAAAACUCGUACAUGAAACCAAGACUUGUCUAGGUCCAGUCACAUCAUUUGCAGUUACAAACAAGGCUGAUUAUACUGACAUUAAAAUAUUUGAUCCCCAAAGUGUCAUUGUUCCAAUAGUCGGAUUGGUUAUGGGGUUGGGUAAACAGUACAUUCUCAGUCUCACCUCUGCAACGUGUGUUCAAAACAUUCCAAUAUCAAGUCAAUUACUACCAGUCUCUCCAAUCGUUGUAGCCGUUCCACAAUGUAAAUCACCCAAUGCUACUGUAACAGUUACUCUUCCAGGUCUUACCGCACAAGACAUACCAACCAAGUAUACGUAUACUUACAAAGGUCAGGUGUCAACUGGUGCUACACUACAAGUUGAUCGUGGUGUUUUAAAUACCAUUCUUGUCAAACCCGUUGUAGAAGUUGGUAGUCUUUGUCCUUCUGGUUUCAACAUCACACUCGAAGUACCUGAUGUUCCACUCGGUAUAGCCUACACCUUUGCUCCAGCCGCCCCCAACUGUAUCAACAAAACAUCUAUUGUCCAAUUCUCUCCAGAUUUAUCGGCUCUUGUCCUAUACAACAACCAAACCAUUGAAAAUGGAACACUUGGAGUAGAGUAUGGAAAGUCGUAUGAAGUAUCAAACCUAUGUAACGAUGAAAAGUUGGUUAUUGGAAGUGGUACAACCGUCCCUCAGUACAGUUACACAUCCAACUUUAAUACAUGUCUUUCAACUAUUACAUUUACAAUCUCCAACUACCAAUUAUUCAGUUCAAUUAAAUUGGAAAAGACUGAUGGUCAACCAUUGCAAGCCAAUGGAACUGGUGGAGUUUAUAAAUUAGUACCUGGUAAUUGGAAGUUAACUACUGUGCUCCAAGAAUGUCAAACAUCUACUUUUACCAAAGACCUAGACUUGUUAACCAACUUUACAGCUCCACUCAAUGUUAGUCUAGCUACAUUUAAUGUUGAAGGUCUACCUAAAGUAUGUUCAGCAUUGGAUGCAUCACUACGUGUUACUCCAGUCAUCAAUGGAUUAGUAUCAACGGCAACGACUACAGUCACAUUUAAACCAGGUCAGUCAACCUCUGUUCCAUUCAAGUAUGGAUCAUGUGAUGCCCAAGUAAACUAUAUUGCUCCAACCAAUCUACCAUUGUUUGAUAUUAAUCCAAACAUUACAAUAGUCUCACCAUCAUCAUGUGCCAACCAAAACAAUGGAACUAUUGAAAUUGGACCAAUUCCGAAUACUAUCAAAGUAUACGGUCCCAAUAGAAUUCCAAUCAAUGUAUUAUCAGUAGGACCAGGUACAUUUAUUUAUACUGCUCCAAGUGGUACUUAUAACAUUACAUUUGAACUUGAUGGAACUCCAACUUGUUUCUAUCAAAAAGUGAUUACUGUUGGAAUCAUUCCUAAAAUUUUGAAUCCAAUUUCAUAUGAUGUUACACCCCAAUCAUUAUCAAAUUGUGAUGUUAUUACAGGAAAGAUUACAGUGGUUAAUCAUACAGAUGUGACAUCCUUUUCAUUGGAUGGUCAACCUGGAGCAACUGCUGGUACAUUUAGUGGAUUGAAACCAGGAAAAUAUGUACUCAGAUAUACAAGAGGUGGAUGUACCGAUUCAAUGGUUGAAAUUAUUGUCCCCAUUGAACAUUUGCCAAUUGUAGUUACUCCGAUUCGUCUACCAACCUGCUCGAUGGGAGAUGGUAUUGCCAAACUCAAUUACACAUUGUCAAAUGGAACAUUGAUUGAUAAUAUGGUGAUUACAUCAACUGCAGGUCAAAUACUUGGUAAUACUCUAUCCAAUAUACCACCCGACAUUAAUAUAACUGCAACAUUUAAAAAGGGGUCACAGUGUCAAUGGAGUUAUACAUUCUUGUUACCACAAAAUAAUGAACCUAUUAUUGAUGUAGUUACAAGUCUAUCACCAUCCUAUGGUUUAAAGAAUGGAGAGUUGUCGGUGACUCUUAGAAACCUAAAUUAUACACUUGGUGAUAUCAAGGUAGUACCAAAUACACUACCAUUUGUAGUGACGUCUGAUUUAAAGACUAUUAGAGGUUUUGAUGAAACACAGAAAUCAAUUGAUUUAAUGGUCACUUACAACAAGGUGUGUGAAAGACAAAUGACAUUCCCCAUAACUAUCACCAACUAUCCAUUACCAUCCUACUCGGUGUCUGAACCAACAUGUGACAGUCUCUAUGGAUCUGUUAUAUUGGAUAAUUCAUCGUUUGUCACCUAUGAUAUAUACCUGGACUCUGAAGACAAUAAACUUGUCAACAAGGAGAAUCCAUGUUCUCCAGGACCACACAAACUAUGGUAUAGAUUCAAGUGGCAGGUCAAUGCACCACUCUUAUUCGUACCUAUCAUCUGUCCAGAGUAUAGCGGCCAACCAAGUUGGAAUGCAACCACCAAACAGCUAGCAUUCACAACGACCAAUGAAACAUGUCUCAAUAGCAAGGAUGGAAAGGUUGUCAUCACACAGCCAGACUCCAACAUUGACUAUCAACUUGUACAAGAUUCCAACUCGCAGUCUAUUAUCCUACCAUCACUUAUUGGACUUGGAAAAGGUGUCUAUUGGAUCCGUGCCUAUAAAAAGGGAUCAUCUUGUUACACUGCAGUCACCAAUGUCGUCGUUGGAAGUAGCGAACCAGUCCUGACAGCUCUACCACAGGGUAUAUGUCAAGCCAACUCUUCUAAACUUGGUUCAGUUGGUAUAUCGUUUGGAUCGGGUCACACAUUCACCAACACAUCAAUAUUGGUCAAUGGUAAUGUGACAGUACCUGUUGAUGGACGUGUUGGUAAUCUCGCACCUGGUCAAUACCAAAUACAAGUUGAAAUACAUAAUGCCAAUUGUCCAAGAAAGUAUCAACCAAUUGCAAUUGAAAUUACAAAGACCUUGUUGAAUGUAUCGACUGACACAUCUCAGAAAUGUGGUCAAAUUGUAGUGACACCUAGUGGAGGCAACUCACCCGACUCUGAAUACACCAUAUCGAUCAGUGGUGACACCAACAGUGAAGUAGUCUUGACCAAACCAUCAUAUACAUUUGAAGGUCUAAAGAAUGGAACCUAUACCAUCACCGUUCAAGAUGAACAAGGUUGUCAAAUCGAAUCUACACCCAUACCAGUCAUUGAAUGUCCACCAAUUGAAAAACCAACCAAUUCAUCAUCCUCUUCCUCCUCAUCAUCAUUCUUGACUCCAUCAUCAAUAUUAUCAUCAACAACAUUAAUAUUCACCACCACCAUCUUAUUAUUCAUAUUAUCUUGUUAA